GGGGAGGACACUCAACGUCACUCUUUUCUGUUUUAGUGCUGAUAAUUCUUCGCAAAGUACACUAUUCGAGUUGAGCAGGAAUGCCUCUUGCAACUUUAGCUGCCCUUACGGUAAUGUAAAUGUAAACGCAUUUGGCGAUGAGUCAAAAAGAAGCACAGUUUUUGUUUACUAAUUAUUUCACCUCAAAAGAAACUACACAUAGCAGUCGUUUUAAUAUUUACUGACACGGUGAAAACUUUAGAUGUCAAUGCACCUAACCUGUAGUCUUAACUUAAUCAACGUAAAACUCGAAAAUGCUCAGUUCGCCGUCCAAUGCACGUUCCCGCGCAGGACGAGUGCGCGUCCCCGCACCCAUGUCGCCAUUUUGAUUCGAAAAAAUAUGACUGAGUUUUUCCUGCUUUGCAUGCUAAACUUAGACCCGCGUUCGUGUACGGAUCGAACACGCUCUAUUUGAAAUAACAAGUGUUCCUGUCGGUACCGGGGAGUCAAUCGCGUUCGAAAAGUGUCUUUGGAGCGAUUUUAAAAGGGCACAUUUGACUCGGCUAACUUGAGCAAGCUAGCAAGCAGCCGCUCGCUGUCGCAGGCUGACCCCCUCUUCAAAACAAAUCACUAUUCGCUUACAGGCUAACGUAUGCAAGCUAACGCGGCUAGCUAAUUGUUAGCUCGACAGCUAGUGACUAAGGGAUUGGCUGCUGGACAGUAAAACUACAACAUUAUAACGGAGACGAACAGAAACUAACAGGAUUUUAAAUCAAAGGUUAUGGUGAGCCUCCCAGCGUCUCAUCUCCUAAAGAGGCCUGUGUUUUAAAAGGAGACCCAUGCUGAUAAAUGCCAGGCCUCGCCACGCUUUCUGUCGUCUGCACGAACACAAAUGCCUGCCUGCCCGUGGGGGAGGUCUGAUUAAAGAUAUCCACAUUUCAUUCACUGGGCCUUUUCUUCCAUCCCAGCAGCCAUCAUGUUUUGGAAGUUUGACCUACACACCACCUCCCACAUUGACCAACUGCUGGACCGAGAGGACGUGACACUGAGGGAGCUGAUGGAGGAGGAUGACGUCCUGCAGGAGUGCAAGGCCCAGAACCGUCGUUUGCUCCUCUUCCUCUCCCAGGACCACUGCAUGCAGGAGCUGGUCAGCCUCAUCACCACAGAGCCAUCCGCAGACCUGGAAGAGAGGAGCCGCUUUAAGCUUCCCAACAUUGCGUGUGAGCUCUUGACCUCAGACGUGUCCAUUAUCAACGAUAAGCUGGGUGGAGAAGAGUCUCUCCUCGAGGUGCUGUACCACUUCCUGGAACAAGACCCACCCCUCAACCCUCUACUUGCCAGCUUCUUCAGCAAAACCAUUGGCAAUCUCAUUGCCAGGAAAACUGAAGAGGUGAUCACCUUUCUCAAGAAAAAGGAAGGCUUCAUUGGUCUGGUGCUGAAACACAUAGAUGCGUCGGCUAUGAUGGACUUGUUGCUUCGCCUCAUCAGUUGUGUGGAGCCUGCCCCCUUGAGGCAGGAGGUCCUCAAUUGGCUGAAUGAGGAGAAACUGGUUCAAAGACUCAUAGAGCUUAUCCAUACUGGUAAAGAUGAGGAGAGACAAUCAAAUGCAUCCCAAACACUUUGUGACAUCAUCCGCCUUAGCCGAGACCAGGCCAAUCAGAUGCAGGAGAACAUGGAGGCCGAUCCACUAUUGGCUGUGUUAGAAUCACAAGAAACUGUAGCAGGACUCCUCAAGAACAUGUUUGAGGGGGAGAGGAAUGAGGCUUCCAUCGUUAACGGAACUCAAGUGCUACUUACCUUACUAGAGACCAGGAGGUCCGGGUUGGAAGGGCUGAUGGAUCUGUAUUCUCAGGGUUAUGAAAGGUCUUACACUGUCAACAGCAGUAUUUUAAAUGCCAUUGAGCCCCAUUUAAAGGAUUUCCAGCAGCUUCUUCUGGAUCCCCCAAAGAAAGGUGCAAUACUGACCACCGUUGGCGUUCUAGAUCAGCCACUGGGGAACGCUCGCCUUCACGUGGCUCGUCUGGUGGCAGCUCUCCUCCAGACCACUUCUCCCAGUAUCUGCCAGGAGCUCUGCAACCUUGGCACCAUGGACCUACUACUGGAUCUGUUCUUCAAAUACUCGUGGAAUAACUUUUUGCACUUCCAAGUGGAGCUGUGCGUGGCAGCCAUUCUGAACCACCCUUCCUCUGAGGAGCGGCUCAACCCGAGUCUCCAGAACCACAACGGGAAGCUAGCAGUAUCACCCACCGAUGCUCACAACGAGGCAGCAGAGACAGCCGGGAACAGUGACCCACAGACCUCCAUCCAUAACGCCCUAGUGGCACAUCUUUUUCAGAAGUGUCGAUUGGUACAAAAGAUCCUAGAUGCCUGGGAGGAGAAUGAUAAAAUACAGUCUGAGGGUGGCACCAGAAGAGGCAACAUGGGUCAUCUGACCCGAAUUUCCAACAUGGUGGUCCAGAACCUGGAGAAAGGACCAGUACAGGCCCAGAUCGCUGACCUCAUCAAAGAGCUGCCAGAAGACUGCAGAGGUCGCUGGGAAAGUUUUGUGGAUGAGACGCUCAGAGAAACUAACAGGAGGAACACCGUAGAACUGGUGAGCACACACAACAUGCACUCGUCCAGUGAGGACGAUGACAUGGAGAGCCCCUUUCCUAAUGACCUGUCACUUCAACAGGCUUUCUCUGACUAUCAGAUUCAGCAGAUGACCGCCAACUUUGUGGAUCAGUUUGGGUUCAACGACGAGGAGUUCAGCGAACAUGAUGAAAACAUCAACGCCACAUUCGACAGAAUUGCCGAAAUAAACUUAAAUUUAGAUUCUGAUGAUAACAGUGCCAACGCAGCUGCUUUUGAGGCUUGUUGUAAAGAGAGGAUACAUCAGUUCGAUGAUGCUGAUGAGGAAGAGGACAUUUGGGAGGAGAAGGAAAUCAACUAUGCAACACAAGCUAAAUCCAGAACAAGGUUUGGGGUGUCCCAACCCUCAGAGGGAAGCUCCCGGAGCAGCCUGGAAAAUGGCGGUCAAGAGCAAGACUGCGGCUCAGAAUCUGACGAGGACGACGACUUUGAGCAGAACACAUCAGACACAGGUCCUGGCUGGACAGCAAAUUUCAGGGACUCUGAAGGGAUCGCAGCAUCCCAGACUCCGUCAGGGUGGGACAUACCUCCCGGGAGUGGAACCGACACACAGGAAACGGGUUGGGCCAAUUUCACGGCAUUCCAGCCUUUCUCUAGCACAGAGACGGAGCCCAGGUGCAGCUCUCCUGUGGAUGUCAGUGGCAGUGAUACAGAUAAACAAGCCAAACAAAAUCACAACGAAGGCACUCAAGCCUCUUCCUGCAUUGGGCCGUCGGGGGACGGGAAGAAGGCUCCUCCCGCCGCCACAGACAGCAGCUCGUCUGGAGGAUCAGACAGCGAGGAGGACGCCGCUACUCCCAGCGCAGCUACCCUUAUAGAACCCGCCAGCUCCCCCGGCAGCAAGACAGCUGACCUCACAAGCGAGGCGAGUCCUGUCUCUCUGGAGAAACUGUCUCUGUCAGAUCCUCCUGAGGCCUUGCAGAAGCAGCAGCAGCAGCCGCCAACUGAGGAUUCGCCUAUAACCACACAGACUGACAGGAAAGAGGAGACACCACCACCCCAGGAAGUGGCCAUCAAUGGGCCAGUGUGAGUGCACAGGGGGUUAGCGGGUGGCGGCGGCUGAAACAGCAGGGGGGUGAUCCAAACAGUGACGGCGGCCGCAAACUGUAAGCCUCCUCCAGAGUGACUUCUUUAAAAUAACCUCAGUGCGACUCCAGUGUUUUUACCGAAUCACUCUGCCAUGUUAUUGGACCUGGACACUGCCAAUCGACACCAGUAACGAGGCGGCGGAACAUGUACAAAAAAGUAUAUAUAUAUAUAUAUAUAAAUAUAUAUAUAUUAUACCAGAAAAAAGGAGGACAAAACACAGAACAGCGUUUAGAGGAACUUCAAAGCCUUUUUUCCCGAUGUUGCACAUGAAUACGUGCGGUUUUAAUGUAGCAGCAAUCUUUGAGGGGGGGUAAUAACAACAUUAUCAUUAUUUUUUUAUGUCCGAAACUAUUUCUCUCCAACUGGUGGAACCUGAAAGAUAGGCUUUUACAUUGUUGCCCCAUGUCGGGAUAGCACAGGCUACACUUUUUUAAAUACGCCUCAAUAAUAACAAUACUUUUGUGUGUGGGGGGGGAGCACUUAUUCAGCCAUUUCCUGUCUGUUCUAGCACAAAAUGUCAGUGUUCCACCUUCACCGCUGCAGGCUGUCUCUAUCCUUCCUCUCAACCACAUCUAGGUUUUACUAUUUUUCUGUACUUCCCUUUUUUUUGGGUUGCCGUUAAAGAAUCAUCUCUAGUCAUUGCCAGGUGUCUGAAUGUGUCAAGGUGGAGGAGGAGGAGGAAGAGGGUUGAUAAACAGAUCUCUAAUAGUAUUACUGUCUUUUGCUCAUGUGCAAUUAUGCCAAUUAGUCUUUUGUAAUUUAAAUUCAGCCUGUUUUAAGAAAGGAAAAAAUACCAAGCUAGCUGUCAUUGUGUAGUUUUGCUUAAUUUCUCUUUUUUUCCUCUUUCUUUUAGUGCAUGUGUAAGCGACCUCGCUAGUGAGCUAAGACCUUCUGAUUGUAUUGACCUUAACCUCCCUCUUUCAAUCAACCAAUUAUCUACCUAAUAUAUCUGCAUCUACAGGUCAUUUUAUUUUACCAGCAAUCUUAAAUACUAUUGUAGUCUGUUGCUCUCUCUCUCACUCGCUCGCUCUCUCCACCAAGCACUAGAUCACAGAAUAUAAAAGAGUGGCAUCUGAAAGGAGUAACGCUGUAUUUUUUUUCUUUUCUUUUUUUUUCCUUUUAAAUGUUUAAUUUAAUUUGAUCUCCAAGCUGCAGGAUUGGAAAUGAGGGCAGGUGCUGGGUUCAAGCAGCGCUCCGGGCCUCUUGGUGUACUUAAAUCACUUGACAGUGAUCAGGUUCUAUGAUUCAUUGUUCAUCAUUGUUCAAACUGAGAAUUAAAUGUGUCUGGUUGACCACAUUAAUACCAAUGUGUUGAGUGCGCUGGUGUCAUUAUUGCGGUGUCCACCGUGUACUUUUAAUGUGGAAUCUGUAAAAAUAUGUUUUAAAUGAUGUCAUUUCUAGCUGAAACGCCUUGUCUUAUCCUUAGAAAAACCUGUUAAAAAUACCACAUACCUGGCUUUUAAGAUUUGUCCUAAAAUGUUAUAUUGAGUUGAGGUCAGGGCUGUGGGAAGGACAUUCCCAAAGCUUAAUUUUAUGCUACAGUUUUGAUGUCUUUGGGAUCAUUUUCUUGUUGGAACUCCUCAUUGCAUCCAAGUUUCAGCCGUCUAACUGCCCAGGACCUCCACUUCCAGCACCUUAACUUCCAAGAUUGUCUGAGACCAG